AACGGGCUACCUAAAACAGUCAGGACCCCGCCCACACCGCUAGUAGAGUGGUGUGCAUGGAUCAACAUGACCCAUAAUAAAACUGAUGUAUUUCAGCUUUUAUACUUUGACUAUAUGUUCUGCUUUUUGUGGAAUCAUUUUUAUUUGUCGAGGGGUUGUAUGUGUUAUUAAUAAAGCUUAAAAAGCACAUGUUAUUUCACCAAAAUGUAAUUCUGCAUGAGUGUUAAUGACAAAAAGGUGGAAGUAUUUAAAUUUGGCUAACUUAAUUGUUUUUUUAAAUAAUGGAGUAACCAAUGAUCUUUAAUGAAACAUUAUAUGCACAAGGUAUUGUGUUGUAUAGGAUCAACCAAUAACUACCUAAAUCACUGUAAAUACACCAAAUAUUAGCCUACUCACUUUUACUUCACAGCAGAAAAAUUAUCAGCCAGAUGUAAUUAAAGUAAAAGUAGAACGGCUGUGCUUUAACAUAUAUUAUAUUAUUAUAUGAACUGAUUAUUCUUAUUUUUGCAUUAUCUUGUAAGCUGAUUGAGAUGGGGCUAAUUUUACCUACUAAUGUAGCGUAAUUACAGCAAAUGAAAAUACUUCUACAAGGAACCUGAAAAUUAUUUUAAAAUGUUGUCGUUUACAUUACAUCACUGAUAAUAGAUCCAUGGCUUAAAUAAUGUAUAUAUAAAUGUAUGUAAGUCUCUACAGUCGUCGUGUUUUAAGGCAUUUAUUUUGAAUGUUAACACCGGAAGUCUUGAUUCUAGUGCUCGAAAGCAAAUUUUAUGAGGCACACGCAUGCGCGUUCCCCAAAUCUACAUAAAACAAUUCUAGGUCGGCAUCUUACAUUGAUCUGGGUUUCUGCAAAAUACCAUCGACUGAUUUGCGGUGACUGAUCGACAUCACCAAUAUGGCAUCCAGUGGAUAUCUGCAGGCAGCGGUGCUCCUUCUGGCGGUCCAGCUUCUCGGUCUCGGUGUAGCUGAUGCGGACCAGGAGGCUGGUACUGUCAUCCCUGCCGAAAGUCGUCCAUGUGUGGAUUGUCACGCAUUUGAGUUCAUGCAGAGGGCACUGCAAGAUCUAAAGAAGACCGCGUUUAACCUUGAUGCCAGGACAGAGACGCUGGUGCUGAGGGCGGAGAGGAGGGCCCUGUGUGACUGUAUGCCCACUAACUCACUGCGCUGAACUCCGCUCACCUGAGGACACCUGAGGACACCUGAGGACGCGUCCGUCUGCCGACACACUGAAAACAACCCUGUUCUACAACCUCUGCUCAUGCACAGCGAUCUCCAUCCCAACUCACACGACAGGCACUUUAUUUUCUUUUCUUUCAUAUCACCGUUGAGUGAAGCUUUUCGUUUGAAACCAUACAUCGCAAGGGAAGUGGCUUAUUCGGGACGACUUUUAUAUCACUGAUGUUUUACAUGGUGAAACACAUGCCUGUGAAAUUAGAUGGUCAGUUCUCAUUCAUCUCCUAAUGAAGCAUAAACUAUUUUUUGUACUUUUUAGUAUUUGACUGUAUAAUGUACAGUAAAAUGUCAAAGUUACUCGUUGAAUGUGUUGUGUGUGAUCAACGUUUGCGAUGAUUGUACACGUUAAACUGUAGCAUCAUGUGACAUUUAUUUAACUGUUAACAGUUUUAACUAGUUAACUAACUAGCUGUCUUUAGGAUGAGGUUAAACAUCACUGAUUAAAAAAGGUUGGGUAACUUAGUAUUUUUUUUUUUUUGUAUAGAAAGAAAAAUUUCGGCUGAUAGAAAAUGUGACGUUUUACCAGAAGUCCAACAAGAAUAUUUUAAGACUUGUUUAUUUAGGUGGAAAAAAAAGCAUACUCGUAGGUCUUGAUUUAGCACAGCACUGUAGCAUGACACAGCACUUUUUUUUGUCAAUCUACUGUUAAGAUAGAUUGUAUGUAUAGAUUCUGUAUAUGUAAAUGGGUACGUGUAAGGGAGGUGUCCACAGACUUUGUUGUCUCUGUCUGACAAAGAUGUAUGCAAGAAUAGUGACGAGCAAUGUAGUGUCAAAUGAGCUGUCGUGUCGUCAGGGCAGGGAGGAGGGUCAGCUGCAGCAGGAGACAGACAGAUGGAAUAAUAUUAACUGUCUUAAUGUUGCUUGUUUAUGAACAGUGUACUUUGUUAGCAUUAUGUCACCAGAUGCCCCAUUUAUCGUCUUAAUGAUGUACUUAACAAUAAAUUCAGUGGAUGAUCUUUA